CUCUGCAACUCUAUUUAUCCUCAAGCCUUGCACCUUAAUUUCAUGCCCAAAAAUAAAGAUGAGUCUCUCAACUAUGCUUUUCUUCCUCCUCACUUUCAUACACCUCUUCACUCCCAACCUUGCCCAGCUGCAAGGCUGUACAUCCAGAGCUGAAUAUUGUUGGAGCUGUUCCAAUAUAGGCAAUUACUCUUCUAACAGCAUCUACCAAAAAAAACUAUACAAACUUUUACUCUCCUUCUCAUCUUUGGACCAAAACAGCUUAGGAUUUUACAACAUCUCCUCUUGUAGAGGCUCCAACAAGGUCAACGCAAUCGGGCUAUGCAGGGGAGGCCUGGCCUUCGAUAGUUGCCGAAGUUGCUUAAAUGUGACAAGUCACAUGAUUUUGGAACGCUGUCCCAAUACGAAGGAGGCAAUCUUAUGGGGGGAGCUUUGUCUGGUACGGUACUCUAACAACUCUAUCUUUUCUAUCAAAGAAGACGAGCCCAUUAGGACGUUGGCGAGCCCAAACGAAGCCGCCGAUGCCCAACAGUUCAAAGUGGUGCUAAAACCUCUUCUCGAUGACUUGAUCAAUAAAGCUGCUUCGGAUGUUAAAAAGUACGCGAUAGGAAGUGAGAAGGUCCCUAAUUCCGAACCAAUAUAUGCCCUUGUUCAGUGCACACCUGAUUUAACUCAAAGGCAAUGUAGCGAUUGCUUACAAGACUCGAGCUCAAAGAUCCCUGGUUGUUGCGCCGGAAGGAAUGGUGCCCGAGUACUUAAACCCAGUUGUACUCUGCGAUACGAGUCCGGACCUUUCUACGAAACCACUGGACCUUAUAACAAUGGUAUAUGUACUAAUACUGCUGAGUUUUGCUGGAACUGUUUUGGCGUUGAAAAUGGCACUAGCAUCCACAUCUUCUGGAGAAAUCUAAAAAAACUCUUGCUGUCUUUCUCUAAUGAUAAAACCAGAAGCGUUUAUGGGUUUUUCAAUUCUUCUGAGGGAAAAAACCCGUAUAGAGUCAACGCAAUUGCACUGUGUAGAGGAGACCUUUCACCGGAAAACUGCCGAAGCUGCUUGAGUAACUCAAGUCAAAGGCUACUGGGCAGGUGUCUGAACAGGAGAGAGGCGAUCUUCUGGGAUGAGCGUUGUAUGAUACGGUACUCCAAUAAGUCUAUACUUUCUACCAGACAAGAUGACCCUAGGAUGUAUAUCCCGAGCCCGAAUAAAUCUUGGGAGCCAAAUCUAUUUAAGCUUACACUUAAACCAUUGUUAGAUAACAUAACCAGCAAAGCUUCUUCGGGUGAUUCUUUAAAGAAGUUUGCUACAGGACAAUCCACUGUUCCAGGGUUCGAAACUAUAUACGCAGCUGCGCAGUGUACUCCUAAUUUGGACAAAGAAGAGUGCAGCGGUUGCCUAAACGAGGCCAUAUUAUUCGUUCCCCAACAGUUUGAUGGAAAGCAAGGGGGUAGAGUCCUUAAACCGAGCUGUAAUUUACGAUUCGAAGUGACUCCUUUCUUUGAUCAUACAGCCGAUUCGCCGGUUUCUCCUAACUCCUUUAAUGGAGAGAAUAAAACAACCUUGACAGUAGUUGCUGCUGUUUUUAUGAGUGUUGUGAUGGUGGUACUUAUUAUUACUGUAUGGAUUAUGUUAAAUUUGAGGAAGAAGCCAAGUGAAGAAUUUAAAACAGCCAAAAAGAUUAGUUGGGUUGAAUGUUGGCAGUUUGACAUCGGCACCCUAAGGGAAGCAACAGACUACUUUUCCGAGGCAAACAAACUCGGACAAGGUGGAUUUGGAGCCGUUUACAGGAAUGGACAAUAUAUUGCAGUCAAAACGCUCUCGAAGACUUCUGGACAGGGUGACGAGGAGUUUAAGAAUGAAGUUAUGCUUAUUGCUAAGCUUCAACACCGCAAUUUAGUUGAUCUCUUAGGCUUCUGCUUGGAUAAAAAUGAAAGAUACCUCUUUUAUGAAUAUGUGCCUAAUUCAAGCCUUGAACGAUUCAUGCAUGAUCCAAUCAAGUGUGGAGGACUGGAUUGGGAUAGACGAUACAAAAUCAUCCAAGGCAUUGUUCGAGGCCUAGCCUACCUUCAUGAAGAUUCUCGUCUUAGAAUUGUUCAUCGUAACUUGAAAGCUAGCAACAUCUUAUUAGAUGAAGAAAUGAACCCCAAGAUUUCAGAUUUUGGAAUGGAAAGAUUAUUUGUAUUUGACCAAACUCAAGGCAAUGCAAGUUGGAUUGUGACGACACAUGGAUAUAUGGCUCCAGAGUAUGCACUUCAUGGGAAAUUUUCAUUUCAAUCUGAUGUAUAUAGUUUUGGAGUGUUAUUGUUGGAGAUGGUGAGUGGGGAGAAGAAUAGUUGUUUUCAUAAUGAGGAAGCGGACGAGGGUCUUUUAACCUACGCAUGGAAAAACUGGAGCGAGGGGACAACUUCAAAUCUCAUAGACCCUACAAUUUCUGGGGGUUCAAAAGCUGAGAUAAUGAGAUGCAUUCAUAUUGGGUUGUUGUGCGUGCAAGAAAAUGUAGCUGACAGACCAUCUAUGAAUUCAAUUAUUCACAUGCUUAAUAGCCACUCUAUCAGUACUCUUGCAGUACCCUCAAAACCAACAUUUUUUAUGCAUAGUUCUUUCGAACCAAAGAUGUUGUUAGUAUCCAAUACUAACUCUGGAGAGACGCAAUCACAAGAUUCUAAGAGUGACUCUAGUCAAGGAACCGAAAAUGAGGCAGCCAUCACUGAUCUCUAUCCUCACUGCAGCCAAGAUGAACCUCUAAUAUAGAUUAUAUAUUUAUCGUAAGAUUUGAAGCAACUUUAAGUUGUACUUCCUGUCUUUUUUUCUCAUGUUUAGUGUGAUUUCUUGGUACAUCUGAGCUGGAAGUCUAUUGCUUAAAAGUGUAAAUUAAGUUGGUAUAAUUGCAAUGGUUAAAAGAACAUAAUGUUUCUGCUCAAA